GCAGCAGAGCUAAGAAAAUUGUCUGAGGGGUGUAAAUUCGGUCCAUUGAGGGAUGAUUUCAUACGCGAUCGAUUAAUCUUUGGUAUACUCGAUGAGGCUACUAGAAAAAGGUUAAUGGCAAAAGAUGGGGAAAAAUUAGAUCUUCAAAGGGCAUUUCAAAUUGCAACGUCAAUGGAAUUGGCCAACAAGGAUGUGGCCGAAAUAUCAAGUGGCAGUGUUAUGCCAAUGGUGAAGGAGCAAUAUUUUUCUAGAAAGCAACGGUUUAAUACCUUAAAAUGUAAGCACUGUGGUAAAACUGCACACGAUUUCAAAAAUUGUCGUUAUAAAAACUUCCAGUGUUUUAACUGCGGCCGCCGAGGUCAUAUUCAACAGGUUUGCACACGACGUAAGCCAGUGCUGUCCAGAGAAAGGACGGGGAAUGACAGACGCGAUAAUGAUAAAGCACGAAGUGCAAAUGUUAUGGAGAACGACAGCAGUGAUAGUCCAAACUUGGAGAAUUCGUCGGAUUCGUCGUCUAUAGAGGAGGACAAAAGUUUAGCAAAAUAGAUUUGAAACAAGCAUAUUUACAAAUGGAGGUUGAAGAGGAGUCGAAGGAAUUGUUGACAAUUAAUACUCAUAAGGGAUUGUAUAGGUU